GGUUUCUCCGGUCACUCCUGCCAGGGGAGAAGACAUGUAAAUGCGCCUCCAGAGGAGGGACUGGGGGAGCUGGGAGUGGCGGGGGCGGUGGAAGGUGAGCCCGAGAAGGUGGCCGAGUGCCCCUUCUGCCGGGGCCCUUCCCAGUGCUCCCUUGGGGUGUCAGCCCCAGCCCUGUUUUUCCCCACUCCACCCCCCUUUUCGAAGGGAUUGCCUUUUUUUUUCCUCUGCGGCGGCGGAAAUGACAGUGUGGUGCUGCCGUGGUGUCAUGGUGCUGCCCCUGGACUGAGGGGCAAAAACUCUUUAAGUUUAGCUCGGGAGACACAGCCGCGGUAGCAUCGCGGCCGCCGUGCUGUCCCCUGCGGGGCGCGCGGGCUGGCGGAUCCCGGCUGCUGCGCGGCGGCGGCGGUAGCGGCAGCGGCGGCGAAGGCGGGCGGCGGCCUAGAGUGGCGGCGGCGGCGGCGGCGACGGCGGCCCAGGAGCUCGCGCCGGAGCCCCAGCCAGCUCGCUGCGGAGGCAGGCGAGCGCCCAGCGCCCGGCGCCCUGGGGCGUGCAGAGGAGAUGGCUGGCACCUGGGAACGCUAUGGGUGAAAGCCCAGCCUCUGUGGUUUUUAAUGCCUCAGCAGGAUUAUUUUCACUAAAGAUGGAAACACUGGAGUCUGAAUUGACCUGUCCAAUCUGCCUAGAGUUGUUUGAAGACCCCCUUCUGCUCCCUUGUGCUCAUAGCCUCUGCUUCAGCUGUGCCCAUCGCAUCUUGCUCUCAAGCUGCAGCUCUGGUGAAUCCAUUGAACCCGUUACUGCUUUCCAGUGUCCUACAUGCAGGUAUGUUAUCUCGCUGAACCACCGGGGCCUGGACGGUCUCAAGAGGAAUGUGACCCUGCAGAACAUUAUCGAUCGCUUCCAGAAGGCUUCAGUCAGUGGGCCUAAUUCUCCAAGUGAGAGCCGCCGGGAGAGGACUUACAGGCCCAGCACCACCAUGUCUAGUGAGCGAAUUGCUUGCCAAUUCUGUGAGCAGGACCCACCAAGGGAUGCAGUGAAAACAUGCAUCACCUGUGAGGUCUCCUACUGUGACCGCUGCCUGCGGGCCACACACCCCAACAAGAAACCUUUCACCAGCCACCGCCUGGUGGAACCAUUGCCAGACACGCAUCUUCGAGGGAUCACCUGCCUGGACCAUGAGAAUGAGAAGGUGAACAUGUACUGUGUAUCUGAUGACCAACUGAUCUGUGCCUUAUGCAAACUGGUGGGUCGUCACCGAGACCAUCAUGUCGCAUCCCUGAGUGAUCGAUUUGAGAAACUCAAGCAAACCCUGGAGAUGAACCUCACCAACCUGGUUAAGCGCAACAGUGAACUAGAAAAUCAAAUGGCCAAACUAAUACAGAUCUGCCAGCAGGUUGAGGUGAAUACUGCUAUGCAUGAGGCAAAACUUAUGGAAGAAUGUGACGAGUUGGUAGAAAUCAUCCAGCAGAGGAAGCAAAUGAUUGCUGUCAAAAUCAAAGAGACAAAGGUUAUGAAACUGAGAAAGUUGGCACAGCAGGUUGCUAAUUGCCGCCAGUGUCUUGAACGGUCAACAGUCCUCAUCAACCAAGCUGAGCAUAUCCUGAAAGAAAAUGACCAGGCACGGUUUCUACAGUCUGCAAAAAAUAUCGCUGAGAGGGUUGCUAUGGCAACUGCAUCUUCUCAAGUUCUGAUUCCAGACAUCAAUUUUAAUGAUGCCUUUGAAAACUUUGCUUUAGAUUUUUCCAGAGAAAAGAAACUGUUGGAGGGGCUAGAUUAUUUAACAGCCCCAAACCCACCAUCUAUCCGAGAGGAACUCUGUACUGCCUCCCAUGACACCAUUACAGUCCACUGGAUCUCUGAUGAUGAGUUCAGCAUCAGCUCCUAUGAGCUUCAGUACACCAUAUUCACUGGCCAGGCUAACUUCAUCAGUAAGUCAUGGUGUAGUUGGGGCCUGUGGCCAGAGAUAAGGAAAUGUAAGGAAGCAGUAAGCUGCUCAAGAUUGGCCGGGGCGCCACGAGGCCUGUAUAAUUCAGUGGAUAGCUGGAUGAUUGUGCCCAACAUUAAGCAGAACCAUUACACGGUGCACGGGCUCCAGAGCGGGACACGCUACAUCUUCGUUGUUAAAGCCAUAAACCAAGCAGGCAGCCGGAACAGUGAACCUACCAGACUAAAAACAAACAGCCAGCCCUUUAAAUUGGAUCCCAAAAUGACUCACAGGAAGUUGAAGAUCUCCAAUGAUGGAUUGCAGAUGGAGAAGGAUGAAAGCUCUCUGAAAAAAAGCCAUACCCCGGAGAGGUUCAGUGGCACAGGGUGCUAUGGGGCAGCAGGAAAUAUAUUCAUUGACAGUGGCUGCCACUACUGGGAGGUGCUCAUGGGUUCCUCAACAUGGUAUGCAAUUGGUAUUGCCUACAAAUCAGCUCCAAAGAACGAAUGGAUUGGCAAGAAUGCCUCUUCAUGGGUCUUCUCCCGCUGCAAUAGUAACUUCGUGGUGAGACAUAACAACAAGGAAAUGCUGGUGGAUGUGCCUCCUCAGUUGAAGCGUCUGGGUGUCCUCCUGGAUUAUGACAACAACAUGCUGUCUUUCUAUGACCCAGCUAACUGUCUCCAUCUUCAUACUUUUGAUGUGACCUUCAUUCUUCCAGUUUGUCCAACAUUCACAAUCUGGAACAAAUCCCUAAUGAUCCUGUCUGGCUUACCUGCCCCAGAUUUUAUUGAUUACCCUGAGCGGCAGGAAUGCAACUGCAGGCCUCACGAAUCCCCCUAUGUCUCUGGGAUGAAAGCUUGUCAUUAAGUUUCAAGAGAGCAUAUAAUUCACUAGCUCUCCCAUUCAGCAGUUCUUCCCCUCCUAAAACUAAGUUAGUGUUCAAUACAUGAAAUACAAAAUAAAGUCCAUUUGAAGCAUCCAAAAUAACUAGAUAUUGUAGAUUUAAUUUUUGUGCAUUAAAGCUUGUAUCUGGAUUAA